UUUCUUCAUUUCUGUUCUUUCAUUUGUCAUUUCACACACUUACGCAUACACACAUCUCUAUUAUUGAUACAACCAACGAGUACUCAGCAUGGAUGUUGAAAAAGAAAAUGUUAUCGACGAGGGUCUUUACUCCCGUCAGCUAUACGUUCUUGGUCAUGAGGCCAUGAAGAAGAUGGGUACUUCCAACAUUUUGAUUGUUGGUCUCAAGGGUUUGGGGAUUGAAAUUGCCAAGAACGUGGUCCUCGCUGGUGUCAAGAGUGUUACGCUUUAUGACCCUGCCCCUGUCCAGCUUACAGACUUGUCGACUCAGUUCUUCUUGACUAAGGAAGAUAUUGGCAAACCCCGCGAUGUCGUCUCCCGGCCACGUCUUGCAGAGCUGAACGCAUAUGUGCCCAUCAGCGUCUUGGAGGGGGAGUUGACCACUGACAAGCUUUCACAGUUCAAGGUUAUCGUCGUGACCGAGACCUCACUAGAAAAGCAGUUGGAGCUCAACGAAUAUGCACAUGCCCACGGAAUCUACUAUAUUUCUGCCGAGCUCCACGGCCUCUUUGCUCAGACCUUCAACGACUUUGGCAAGGGGUUCAACAUUGUCGAUGUUACUGGCGAGGAAGCACUUUCCGGAAUGGUUGCUGAGGUUUCAGCAGACAAUGAGGGCAUUGUUACCUGCUUGGACGAAACUCGCCAUGGUCUAGAGGAUGGUGACUAUGUCACCUUUGUGGAGGUCGUCGGCAUGGAGGCAUUGAACGGUUGCACACCAAGAAAGGUCAAGGUGCUUGGACCCUACACCUUCUCGAUUGGAGACACCUCUGGGUUGGGAACAUAUAUCCGUGGGGGACUUUUCCAGCAAGUCAAGAUGCCUAAGCAGCUGGACUUUUUGAACCUUAAGGAAUCUCUUCAGAAGCCCGAGUUCUUGAUUACAGAUUUCGGCAAGUUUGAUCGCCCUGCCCAGCUCCAUGUUGGAUUCCAAGCUUUGCACGCUUUUGCUGCUAAGCACGGUCGUCAACCUCGCCCAAGAAAUGAGGAGGAUGCCACAGAAGUGCUCGCUCUUGCAAACGAGAUUAACAACAAGGCUACCGAGAAGGCGGAGUUGGAUGAAAAGCUGAUUCGUGAACUCUCUUAUCAGGCUAUUGGAGAUUUGUCGCCCAUGGUCGCUGUUAUUGGUGGCACUGUCGCUCAGGAAGUUCUUAAGGCAUGCACAGGAAAGUUCAGUCCUAUUCAUCAGUGGAUGUACUUUGAUUCCCUGGAAUCUUUGCCUACAACAGUCAACUUGACGGAGGAGGCAUGUCAGCCCAUCGGCUCUCGCCACGACAACCAGAUCGCUGUCUUUGGCAGAGAAUUCCAGGAGAAGAUUGAGAACUUCAGAGAGUUCCUUGUCGGUGCAGGAGCCAUCGGAUGCGAGAUGCUUAAGAACUGGGCGAUGAUGGGUCUUGGAACUGGACCCAAGGGAAAGAUCCACAUCACGGAUAUGGACACGAUUGAGAAGAGUAACUUGAACCGUCAGUUCUUGUUCCGUCCAUCAGACGUUGGAAAGCUAAAGUCGCGUUCGGCUGCGGAUGCGAUCGCCAAGAUGAACCCUGCCACGGUCGGCCAUGUCGUCGCAUACGAGGAGCGUGUUGGCGUUGAAAGCGAGAAGGUUUACGACGACGACUUCUUUGCCAACCUGGACGGUGUCACCAACGCACUCGACAACCUCGAUGCCCGCAAGUACAUGGAUAGACGCUGCGUCUACUUCCGCAAAUCGUUACUGGAGUCAGGAACGCUCGGUACUAAGGGUAACGUCCAGGUCGUUGUUCCAUUCGUAACAGAGUCCUACUCCUCGUCCCAGGAUCCCCCAGAAACAUCUAUUCCUCUCUGCACCCUCAAGAACUUCCCCAACGCCAUUGAGCACACGAUCCAAUGGGCCCGUGAUGCCUUUGAGGGAUUCUUCAAGCAGCCAGCCGAGAAUGCCAACCUUUAUCUCAGCCAGCCCAAUUACAUUGAGGGUCUUUUGAAGGACAGAGGUAACAGCACUGAGACCUUGAAGACGAUCGAGAAGUACCUGGUUUCAAACAAGCCCUUGAGCUUCGAGGAGUGCAUUACCUGGGCCCGCCUUCAGUUUGAGGAGCAGUUCAACAACAACAUCCAGCAGCUUUUGUUCAACUUCCCCAAGGACUCUGUCACCUCCUCAGGAACGUUGUUCUGGAGUGCUCCCAAGCGUCCCCCAACCCCUCUCGUGUUUAACGUUGAUGACCCCGCCCACCUGGAGUUCAUUAUCGCGGCAGCCAACCUCCACGCGUUCAACUAUGGAUUGAAGGGAGAGACAAACCCAGAGAUCUUCCGCCAGGUGCUGUCAAACGUCAUCGUUCCCGAGUUCAAGCCCAAGUCUGGUGUCAAGAUCCAGGUGACCGAGAGCGAGACCUUGCCCACAGAAGAUAGCGAUCAAGCCGAGUUGCAGAAGUUGAUCGAUACCCUCCCAGCGCCCUCGACCCUUGCUGGGUACCGCCUCCACCCUGUCGAGUUUGAGAAGGAUGAUGACACCAACUUCCACAUCGAUUUCAUCACGGCAACAUCAAACUUGCGUGCAUCUAACUACGGCAUCAACCCUGCGGACAAAUAUCGUACCAAGUUCAUUGCAGGUCGUAUCAUUCCUGCCAUUGCGACAACAACAGCCAUGGUGACUGGAUUGGUCUGCUUGGAGCUGUACAAGAUCAUCGAUAACCGCACUAAGAUUGACGACUACAAGAACGGAUUCGUGAACUUGGCGCUGCCGUUCUUUGGAUUCUCUGAGCCAAUUGCUGCACCCAAGUUCAAGUACCACGAGACGGAGUUCACGCUGUGGGACCGCUUUGAGAUCAAUCAGGAUGUGACACUGCAGGAAUUUAUCGACUACUUCAAGAACGAGCACGAGCUCGAGAUUGCGAUGAUUUCCGCGGGCGUUAGCAUGUUGUACACUUCAUUCAUGCAGAAGGACAAGAAGAAGGAGCGUUUGCCAAUGAAGUUCUCGAAGCUGGUGGAGACGGUCUCGAGGAAGAGUACGCCUCCUCACGUCAAGGCCUUUACGGUCGAAGUGGUGUGCUAUGACCGCGAUGGCGAGGAUGUUGAAGUGCCAUAUGUCGUGGUCAGGUUCCGUUAAACUAGGGAGCUCACUUCUGUCGAUAAAAAAAAAGGGUCCCUUUGUGAGCAAAAUAAAGUGAAUUGUACAGAUGCACUGCAGAAAGGGCACUUGUGGUAAUGGUGCAGCACAAAUUCUUA